AUGGACGGCGGCGGCGGAGGGCUGCCCACCGCCCUGGAGAAGAACGCGGCGGAGCUGACAGUGAUGGACGUGUACGACAUCGCCUCGGCCGUGGGGCAGGAGUUUGAGCGGGUGAUCGACCAGCACGGCUGCGAGGCCAUCGCCCGCCUGAUGCCCAAGGUGGUGCGGGUGCUGGAGAUCCUGGAGGUGCUGGUGAGCCGCAACCACAUCAACCCCGAGAUGGAGGAGCUGCGCCUGGAGCUCGAUCGGCUCCGCCUGGAAAGGAUGGACCGCAUCGAGAAGGAGCGCAAGCACCAGAAGGAAUUAGAACUGGUGGAAGAUGUCUGGAGAGGUGAAGCACAGGACCUUCUUACCCAAAUUGCACAGCUGCAGGAGGAGAACAAACAGUUGAUGACAAAUUUGUCUCACAAAGACAUUAAUUUCACAGAAGAGGAAUUUCAGAAGCAUGAAGGAAUGUCAGAGAGAGAACGGCAAGUCAUGAAGAAGCUGAAGGAAGUUGUAGAUAAACAGAGGGAUGAAAUCAGAGCAAAGGACCGGGAACUUGGACUUAAAAAUGAGGAUGUAGAGGCUCUUCAGCAGCAACAGAACAGAUUAAUGAAAAUUAACCAUGACCUGCGGCACCGCAUCACAGUUGUCGAGGCUCAGGGAAAGGCACUGAUUGAGCAGAAGGUGGAGUUGGAAGCAUAUCUGCAAACCAAGGAGCAGGAGAUGGGCACCUUACGAGCAGAGCUGGGGAAACUGAGGGAAAAACUGCAGGGUGAGGACAGCCAAAAUGGGGAGGAAAUACAGACAGAGCCAAACAAUGAUGACUGCCUCUCAGAGUCAGAAAAGAUGGCAAUGGACUUAAAAGAUCCAAAUCGUCCAAGAUUCACCUUGCAGGAGCUCCGAGAUGUCCUUCAUGAGAGGAAUGAAUUGAAAUCUAAAGUGUUUUUACUUCAAGAAGAGCUUUUAUAUUACAAAAGUGAGGAAACAGAAGAAGAAACUAGACCCCCUCAACCUACACCCAUAAUUCAGUCAAAACCCUCAACUCAGCCUGAGUCUGGAAUCAAACGACUUCCACAGUUCAAAAAAAUAUUUGGCACAAGGGAGAACCUCUGAGGAGAAUCCUUAGAAAAACAGAGGGUGUUCCAGGAUCUUUACAGCCAUAAUGCCCAUGGUAGCAGCUGGAUUGAUUCCAGAUGAUCCCACAUUGCAGCC